CCAAAACAACAGCAGAUCAUCAGCAGCCUCAUUUCCUGCUUACUUACUUUAGUGUUCAUCACUAAACAGCCAUCAACUCUCUUCUUUCCAUUUCGGUUAUUUUCGCGACUGUUUUAUAUAUUAAUCCUAAUGGAGGCCAUUACCAGAUUGACAGCUGACAAGCCAGUUGUGAUCUUCAGCAAAUCAUCCUGCUGCAUGAGCCACACCAUCAAGACACUGAUUUCGAGUUUCGGCGCAAACCCUACUGUGUAUGAACUCGACGAGCUUCCAAACGGGCACCAGCUCGAGAGGGCAUUGGUGGCUGCCGGUGCAAGAUCAGGAUUGCCUGUGGUUUACAUCGGGGAAGAACUAGUUGGGGGAGCAAAUGAAGUCAUGAGUCUUCAUGUUAAGGGGAAGCUUGUCCCAUUGCUCAAGCAGGCUAGAGCUAUUUGGGUAUGACAAGGCUUAAUUAAAACACAAGUCUAAUAAUUACUAGUUUAUUACUACAAAAAAUGAUGUAUUUUUGCUUUUUUUUGUGUUUUUUUUUUUUUGUUCCUGAAAGUGUUUAGCAGGAAUUAUGAAGGUAAAAAUAGGCAGUUGACUCAAGUGGUUUUUUGGAAGCCUUUUUGAAACAGCUUUCAAAAUGUUCCACUAAUUUCAUCAGUUCUAUUUAAUCAUCAAUAUAUAUAAAUGUAUUUAUCAGUUUGAUACUUA